GAACACCCUCACUAAAUAUGAAGAAGGCAAGGGAACUAAAUCUCCUGACUCAGAUGAGGGGAGCAGGCAGCACUCACGCCAAUUCCUUGUCGAUGUUGAUAGUACCCUGGAGAGUCUACAAGCUCAAGAAGAUACCGAUGGAAACAUGCAAAUUACGAUCGAGGAUGCUGGUCCGAAGGUUAGUCCCUCAGAACCUCAUAACCUAGUCAUUGUGGAUUAGUCCCUAAAUUGUUUUAAUUAGGUGAUGGCUCUCCGAACUGCUGCGUCUGGCGGUUAUAACCGAUUUGACAUUCGAGGCACAUAUAUGCUCUCAAACCUCUUGCAAGAAUUAUACAUGGCGAAAGAAUUUGGUCGUAAACGAAUCAUCCUCGAUAUAGGCCGCUUAAAUGAGAACCCAGUUAGCAGAUUAUCUAGGCUUAUCAAGACUCAAUUCUGGGACGGCCUGACUCGUCGUAUCGACGCCUCGAGCAUCGAAAUAGCGGCGAAGGAUCCCAAAGACUGGACGGAUGAUCCGCGACCUCGCAUCUAUAUUCCGAGGAGAGCUCCGGAACAAUACGAGUUUUACCAAAAAGUUGCUCGUGACCGACCAGAAAUUCGGCUAGACGUUCUAUAUCUGCCUGAGAAGAUCACCCCCGAAGUAGUACGAGACAUGAAUGAUAAACCUGGGCUGCUUGCGGUCGAUAUGGAGGAAGUUGUAGACCCGAAGACUGGAGAGAAAACCCUGCGCGGGCUUCCGUUUGUGGUUCCCGGAGGGAGGUUCAAUGAGUUGUACGGGUGGGAUAGCUAUAUGGAGUCUCUUGGGCUACUAGUUAAUGACAAGGCGUACCUCGCCAAGUCGAUGGUCCAAAACUUUUGCUUCUGCAUUAAACACUAUGGCAAAAUCCUCAACGCAACUAGAUCGUACUACUUGUCGCGAUCACAGCCGCCUUUCUUAACCGAUAUGGCUCUUCGUGUGUACGAGAAAAUCCAGCACGAGCCUGGCGCCAUUGACUUCCUUCGCACGGCAUUCCUCGCCGCGAUCAAGGAAUAUUACUGCGUGUGGACGGCAGAGCCACGACUGGAUCCGAAGAGUGGUCUGUCAAGGUACCGUCCGGAAGGAUUAGGCGUGCCACCAGAAACGGAAGCUUCCCACUUCGUCCACAUCCUCGAACCCUACGCCAAGAAAUACAACAUGACGUUCGAAGAAUUUGUCAGAGCAUAUAACUAUAGAAAGGUUGACGAACCGGAAUUAGACGAAUACUUCCUCCACGACCGAGCAGUGCGAGAGUCGGGCCACGAUACGUCGUACAGACUCGAAAAGGUCUGCGCCAACCUUGCGACGAUUGACCUGAACUCGCUGAUCUACAAGUACGAGAUGGACAUUGCGCGUACGAUCCGCAAUGUCUUCGGGGAUAAACUAGAGAUCCCGGCCGAAUGGUGCGGCGGUGACAUGGUUCCCGGUCAAGUGGAGACGUCAGCGAUCUGGGACCGGAGAUGGAAGAGGAGAAGGGCAGCGAUCCAUAAGUACUGCUGGAACGAUGAUAAGGGCAUGUAUUUCGACUACGACACCGUCAAGCAGGAGCAGUGCACGUACGAGAGCUGUACGACGUUCUGGCCACUGUGGGCUGGCGUACCAGAUCCGGAGCGCGCGGCUAAGGUGGUCAAGUGCGCGUUGCCUAAGUUCGAGGCGUACGGAGGUCUGUUGUCAGGUACGGAGGAGAGCCGCGGCGCGGUCAGCCUAGAGAGACCCAACAGACAGUGGGAUUAUCCGUACGGAUGGGCGCCGCAGCAGAUGCUGGCGUGGACAGGGCUGUACAGGUACGGAUACGCGGACCUGGCGCAGAAGCUGGCAUAUAAGUGGCUGUUCAUGGUGACCAAGGCAUUCUUCGACUUCAAUGGUGUAGUAGUGGAAAAGUACGAUGUUACAAGGCCUGUAGACCCGCACCGCGUGGAUGCGGAGUACGGUAACCAAGGAUUGGAUUUCAAAGGUGUUGCUAAGGAAGGGUUCGGUUGGGUCAACGCGAGCUACGUGUACGGCCUCCAGUUCAUCAACACUGAGAUGAAGAGGGCACUAGGGACCCUAACGCCGUACGAGACGUACGAAAGGGCCCAGCAGCUGAAAGAGGAGAAGCUCUUACAGGAGCUGGCCUGAAUUCACCUUAGAAAUAAACUAAGGCCAAACUGAUGUUUUGCGAACGGGGAUGACAGAUACCGCUCGCUUAAAAUUCCCUACCAGUUACUGUGGACAAGCAUUGCUUUUUUUGUAUGCUCCUAACCACCUGACGAAUCAUCAUUUUUUUCUAUGCAUGGUUAUUAUUAAGGCUGAUGGCUGGGCUGGGGACGGAAGAUGAUAGAUGGAGAUGGCAGGGAAGAAUAAGUCGUAUCCGUGUGCACUGCAUCUGAUGUAGGUAGUAUCGUAGUGUGUAGGACGAUGAAUAAGUAUUGUCUAGUCUCUACCUAGCUUGGGGUUUGAGGAUAUGUUGAAGAUGAGGUUUCAAGUGACGAGAUUGACGAUUAAUGAAAUGGUAACGAUACUCACUUCUACCAACCUAAAACCCUAUUCAUAUCAAAUAGGAUAAU